AUGGAUUAUGAAUAUGGAUUUGGUUAAUUUUAUAACCAGGAUUUUGAAUUAGCAAUAUAUAAAAAAACAAUAGAUCAGGAUUAUAGGAAGAUUUCACACAAGUUUGGAAACACUAGCAGAUUAUCCCCUAACAAACUAGAAAUUUAUAAUUAACAUCAUCUUUAUAACAAAUUGUUUAAGAAUGAAAAGUAGAGGAAAAGCAUAUAAGUUAAAGCAUAGACUAUCAAUCCGAUGACUGCUAAACACUUUCUCGACAAUAAAGGAAGAUUUAUCAAUUAGACACAAAAUAAAGUCUACGAUGUAAUCAAAGGAAAAUAUUACAUCAUGUAACUUGGGCAGAUCCCACUUACUUAUAGAUCGAAAACUCCUACUUAUUAGUCUUAAAGCGGAUAAUACACUUAAACCUCAUUUUAUUAAGGAUCGAAAACUCACAGGAAGAGAUCAACAACUCCUUCAUCUUAAAGGCUUGUUAGAUUUAACUGA